AUCAUGCUUCGCCUUAUCAUCCUCGCCUUGGUGGGCAGUGCCCUCGCUAGAUACGACGAGCAUCAUAUUGCUCCCAAAUUCAACGACUUCUGCAAAAAGUGCAUAGAAGAGAGAAAUGGCGUUGGCUACUACGAGAACCCAGAAGACUGCAAAACUUAUCUCCAGUGUGAUUUGGAUGAUGAUCUUAACAUCAAGGUUCACGUGAAGGAAUGUGCUGAAGGCACCCUCUUCGACGGUACCAUCGUUACCUGCGUUCCAUGUGAGGUCGCCACCUGCCCAGGCAGCAAGGUCCCAUACCCACAGUGCCCACCAAGAACCGCCCCACCAACCACCACCCUCGCUUACACCACCCUUCCCCAGUUUGACGGCAAAUGUGACGGUCCUGACGGAUGGACCUACUUGGCCGUGUGGGGUGAUGCCAACACCUUCUACAGAUCCCAGACCCUUGGUGAUGAGACCAGAAUCGAGCGUGUCAGCUGCGGACAGUGGGAGUUCAACGUCAAGAGAUGCAUGUGCAUGGUUCCAGAUCUCCAGGCUAUCGCCCUGUGGCCUUUCGAUGAGCACACCGACACCACCGUCGAUAACUUCUGGACAGACUGCGCUGGUGUAGAGCUUUCUGACGGUAAAGUCGGAUACGCUGCCCACUUCAACGGCACCGUCCACUGCGAGGUCCCACGUUUUAACAACUACCCAUGGGGCUCUGCCCUCACCAUUUCCUUCUGGUACAAGAACGCUGCUCACGCUAAGAACGACCGUGAGGGUCUCCUCAGCAACGGUAACUGCGCCAUCGAGCCAACCAUCUCCUUCUGGUCUGACCGCGGCUAUCUUGGAGGCCGCGUCCUGGUCAACAACAACGGCACUCUCCUCACCGUCGACCUCGGCAAAAACGGUGGCAGCGGCUGGAACCACGUCGCCAUGGUUUACGAUGGUCUCAGACUGGUGCUUUACGUCAACGGAAAAGUUGUCGUUGAUGAUAUCGCUGUCGGUGCUAUCCCAGCUACCCUUGCUCCACUGUACAUGGGCAGAGACUUGAACUGUGAGGCCGUUGAUGCCCGUUACAGCAACACCAACCUUGUCGGAUUCCUCGAUGAGGUCCAGAUCUACGACUGGGCUCUUACCGACGCCAUGAUCUGGAAGCUCAAUGCUGGAGAGAGAAACAUCAAGAUGGCCAGAACUGACUAAAUGAAUUGUCUGUUAUUGCCAAUGACGACCGCAAUACCUCAUGAAGAAUGUUCGGACUUAGUGCGUUUGACAGUGCGUGAAACGCGAAGGUCGAGCUGAAUUUCAAUUUCACUUUCAAGUUAAAAAUAUCCAUGAUAUGACUAUGAUGUCUGUGGACAGUCACCCCAAGUUUUUAGACUGACAACGACUCACUGAUAUUGUUAUUGUGCGCCGGUUUCGAUACGAGUAAGCUCAUUUUGGUUAUAGAAUGAGUAGAACAGUGAGACUGCGAAACUCAGGGUACGCGUAGAAAGAACCAUACAGUAUGAACAGUGUCGACGUGUAUUUAUUUAUCGUAGCAUUUUAAUUUUAAUAAAAAGAAACAGCACAUGAUAUAUUUUUCUUGUGUCACAGAUUUUUAAAAACAAAAUGAGUUUCUAUGUUGAGUGGGCAAAUGUCUUUGGUGCUUGCUAUAUGCCGAUGACGUAGCCCACUUAGCACCGAACCCUGACGAUCUCCAUGUAUUAAAUGUAUAACGUACGAAUUUCUGAUUUAUUUGCAAAAAAAGAUGCAACUUAAAAUUUGAUGAAACUACACUGAUCCCCAAAAUCAAAGUAAUAUUGUUAUCAAUUUUCUUCAAAAUUAACCCUGUG